UCUGACAGAGUUUGCCAGUUUGGUAUCUCUUUAGCAUAAGAAAGUUACCACGGACCCCAAAUCUCGCAACUGAGAAUUACGAACCCAGCAGAUCCAGGUUUUUCAAAUUAACCCUAAAUAUUCUCCUCUCUGUUAGUUCCUUCCAUUUCUGCGGCCGGUGAGCCAAAUCCCCUGCGUUUAGAACCAGAGUUGUACUCAAAGGAAACACCCCCAAUAAUGUCUUUCAAAACAAUGAUAGAGGUUGAACCGCCGAGUCCGUUAAGAUAUAUCAUCGGAGCAACGGUCAUGAUGAUCGGAGUCGUAUUGCCAGUGGGAUACAUGAUGUUCCGUAACAAACGUGUCCCUUCCUCUUCCUCUUAUUCCAAACAGACGUAGGAACAAAGUUUUAAUAUAGAGAUAUUGGUUGAAGAGAGAUAUUUUUUUACACGAAAUUGAUGGUUUAAAUUUGAAGUUGAGGGAAGUGUUGAAAGAAGGCCUCGAAUGACCUGCAGAUACAAAAAUGUCAAUGGCUUAUAAAACCCUCAGUCCUAUUUUGUGUUAGUUGUUUGGGUAUUAAUUGAAGUUUAAAAGAUGAAAUGUGUUGUUUUGUUCAAAAUAUGGAUUUUGAUUAGGUUG